AUGGCGGACGAUCGCCACACCGGAUGUCGGCGCGGCUACAGCAGCUCACCGCGCUCAAGACGCCUGUGCGCCGGUGUCGGGCUGGCCGCGCUCGUGGCCGGGCUUGCCAUGCCCGCCAUCCUGUCCCCCGCAUCGGCCCAGACCGGCAUCGACCAACUGGCCGCGACCAGCCCGGACGCGCCGAUGCUCCUGCAGGCGGACGAACUCGUCUAUAACAAUGAUGCGGGCACGAUUUCUGCCGUCGGCGAUGUGCGCAUCGACUAUGACGGCUCGAGGCUUGUCGCCCGCCAGGUGACCUAUGUCGAGCAGACCGGCCGGAUGGUUGCCAUCGGCGAUGUCGAGAUCCUGCAGCCGGACGGCACGCGUCUGGUGGCCGACGAGAUCGACAUUACCGAUGAUUUCCGCGAGGGCUUUUUGAAUUCCCUGCGUGUGGUCACGCCCGACAACACACGUUUCGUGGCCGAGAGCGCCGAGCGCCGCGACGGCAAUGUGACGGUGUUCAACCAGGGCAUCUACACCGCGUGCGAGCCGUGCGAGGAACAGCCGGAAAGGCCGCCGCUCUGGCAAAUCAAGUCCCAGCGCACGAUCUGGAACGCGGAGGAAAAGACCGUCCGCUUCGAGCAUGCACGGUUUGAGUUUUUCGGCGUUCCGAUCGCCUAUAUGCCGGUGUUCACCACCGCCGACCCCACGGUCAAGCGCAAGACCGGCUUCCUCGCACCGAGCUUUCGCUUUGCCGAAGAGCUGGGUUUUGGUGUCCGGGUGCCGUUCUUCGUCAAUCUGGCGCCGAACUAUGAUGUGAUGCUGACCGGCACCGGCUAUACGCGUCAGGGCUUUCUGGGCGAGGCCGAAUUCCGCCACCGGCUGCACAACGGCAUCUACAACCUCAAGAUCGCCGGUAUCCAGCAGCAGCGGACGGACGCGUUCGGCGCCGGCACGGUCGACAAUCUCAAUCCCGAUCGCGGCAUGAUCGGAACGUCGGGCGCGUUCACGAUCAACCCGCGCUGGCAGUUCGGCUGGAACGGCAUGCUCCAGACCGACAAGAAUUUCGCGCGCACCUACUCGAUCAGUGGCUUCAAUCAGGGGGUCUUCCGCAACGAGGCGUGGCUGACCGGCCUUUCCGGACAGAACUUCUUCGACGCGCGCGUGAUGCAUUUCGACGUUCAGGAAAGCACGCUCGAUCCGGGGGGGCGCAACACCCAGCAACCCAAUGUGCUGCCCAGCACGGACUACAAUUACGUGCUGUCGCGCCCGGUGGCCGGCGGGCAGCUAUCGUUCAAUGUGAACACGCGCGGCAUCGUGCGCGAAACCGCCGAGACGCGUCUUGCGGCAGGCCCUGCCAACGACAAUUUCGCGACCUUCGGCACAGACGGCAAUUCCUGGCGGUUCACCGCCGAGACCGAGUGGAAACGCACCUUCACCGCUCCUGGCGGUUUGCUGGUCACGCCGAUCCUGCACGCCCAGGGCGACAGCACAAUCCUCGACAUCAAUGCCGCAGGACCGCUGUCGCAGACCAUGGAGACCACCGGAACGGCGCUCGCCGCAAACGGCACCCACUGGCGCGGCAUGGCAACCGCCGGCGUCGAAGCGCGGCUGCCGCUUCUGGUGUCCGCGCCCGGCUCCACUCACGUGUUCGAACCGAUCGGACAGGUGUUCGUGCGGCCCGAUGCGCCCAACAAUGUCGUCCUGCCCAACGAGGAUGCGCAGAGCCUUGUCUUUGACGGGUCAACGCUGUUCAGGCGCGACAAGUUCUCGGGCUAUGACCGGAUCGAGGGCGGCAUAAGGGCCAAUGCCGGCAUCCGCUACAGCGGCACGCUGGGUGAGAGCUGGAGCACGACCGGCGUCUUCGGACAAUCGUUCCAUCUGGCCGGCGACAAUCCCUACGACGAUGCCGAUCUGGUCAAUGCGGGCGCCGAUUCGGGCCUCGAAACCGACCGGUCCGAUUAUGUCGCCCAUGCCGGCGUCAGGCAUGCCAGCGGUUUUGCCGCGAGCGCCGACGUCCGGUUCGACGAGACCGAUUUCGAUUUGCGCCGUGCCGAUGGGGGCAUAUCCUUCACCAACGCCACGAUCGCGCUUGCCGCCAACUACGCGAUGAUCAAGGCCCAGCCUACCUACGGUUUCAACACGGACCGGCAGGAAAUCUCCGGAUCGGGAUCGCUCAGGUUCGCCGAAUACUGGCGGGUGCUGGGUUCGGCGACCUUCGAUAUCUCGAACAAUCGCAUGACCAACCGGUCGAUCGGGCUUGCCUAUGACGAUGAGUGCUUCCAAUUCGGCCUUUCCUAUACCGAAACCGUCGAUACGGCCGAUGCCGUGGAACGCACCUUCGGCAUUACGUUCGCCUUCCGCACGCUCGGCGAUUUCGGGAUCACGUCGUCCGGUCUCGAUUUCUGA